UUCAUUUUUCAGUUAAGUGUUAGCCUUGUUUUCACAACUCUCGCCUAAAUCUUGAGUUUUAACUCUUUUCAGUGUUUUUUGGACUCCUGUGAACUGUAUAAAAUCUUGAUUUGAAUAAAUCCCAGUGAAGACAUACUGAAGGCAACACAAAAUCAGGUCUGAAGUUUGGAUUUGAACUCGACAGGACCCAAAUUGGGAUAAAAAUUAAGAAAUGUGUAAACGCAAAUUCUCAGACUGCUUUGUAACCUUGGUUGUACUCACCAAAAUAAGUAGGUCUAUAGUAUAAAAAUACCUUGGAUAAGGUAAAACUGAAAUAACAUCAUUUUGCUUUUGUCAUGAGUCUGUAAUUAGAAAUGGUUGUUGUUUUGUACUGAUAAGCCCAAACUUUUUGCAUCCCUUUUCCUGUUUGGUGUAUUUGCUAAGUAAUACUAAAAUACCCAUUGUGCUGAUGUGUCUUACAGAACACUGCUGCUUUGUGCCUGAUGCUAAUUCAGCCUGAUUAAAUGCUUACAAAUCCAAAUUUUGAUGCUAGUGCUGAUGAGACUGUUGAAAGACAAACUGUGUUAUUUCACUGCUGUCAGUACGGUAUGACACUGCUGUUAGGGAGUGUGCAGAAGGCAGCAGGGAUGGGUUUUAGUGAGGGUAACAUAAGGUUAUGGGCAAUGGUGAAGCUCGGGGCACUUGGAAGAGCACUAGAUCGAUUCGGACUGGAUAAAAUACACUGAAAGCAAACCAGUGGUGUUUUAUGAAACCUGAAACCUAACUGCCGUAUUUCUGAAGGGAAUACCCUGAAGUCAAAUCAGUUCUAAGACCAAAGAACCUUUUCAUUUAUCAGUACAAUGCUGGAAAUUAUAUUUAAUAAAAUACGAAUUAAAACAGUGGCACACGUUUCUAAGAGGCAGAACGCUAGAGAGCUGACCGUCUAGAGACCGCGCUGCCAGAACCCGCCGCACCCCUCAGCCUAGGCGCGGGAAUCGCCUCGUACCCCGCCCCACACCGCCGCGCUGCGCUCCUUCGCCAUCACUGCGCAUGCGCGGGUGAGGCGGGCGUCCACGGAGGAGGUCAGGGCUGUGCGGCGCUCGGGCAGUUAUUGGUAAUGAGUCAAUAAUGUAUUCGCUGGACCAAGGAACUACUAAAACAUAUCAAAUACCUAUUGGUCAUCUCGACUACAAGUUCAUUGAAAAAUGUACAGACGUUCAACACCUGGAAAAGAUUCUCAGGGUACUAAGGUCUGGUGAAGAGGGAUGUUAUCCUGACCUGACGUUGUUUUGUGAAAAGCGUAUUGAGCAUUUAGCUCCAGGGAGCAGAGUUCUCAGAAAAGAUAAACCUGCAGCCACAGCAGCUGAUUUUACAGCUGAAGAAUGGGAAACGAUUAAUGGUGAACUGAUGAGCUGGGUGGCAGAAAUGAAUGAAGAUGAUAAUAAACCACAGGUUUUAAAAACAAGCACACUGCAUGAAGGACAAGAUAACUUGCCUCCUAUUCGUUGUUCCAGCAGCUGUCUUCCUGCUUUCCAGAAUGAAAAGUUCCAAGACAAACAAAGAAAUAAGAAAAAUAUACCACGGGAUUACAGUGAAUGGGAUAAGUUCGAUGUGGAAAAGGAGUGUUCUAAAAUUGAUGAAAGCAGUGAAGAAAAUAACUCAAAAGCGAGAUUCUCUAUUAGACCAAGUCUACCUCUAAUUGAGAAGAAAAUAAACACAACUGGCAUGACAAAGAAAGAGAAGAUCUUUAUUGCUACUCGGGAAAAAGAAAAGGGCAAUGAAGCCUUUGCCAGUGGAGAUUAUGUGGAAGCAGUGACAUAUUACACUCGGAGUAUAUCUGUACUGCCCACUGCAGCUGCAUACAAUAACAAAGCUCAAGCAGAAAUCAAACUUCAGGAUUGGGACAGUGCUUUGGAGGAUUGUGAGAAGGUGCUAGAUAUGGAACCUGGCAAUGUAAAAGCUCUGUUGCGCCGUGCCACUGUUUACAAUCAGCUGAAGAAUUACCAAGCAGCUAUGAAGGAUCUGAACACAGUGUUAUGCAUUGAACCAGAAAAUGCUGUAGCUAAGAAAAAUCUGCUAGAGAUUGAAAAGAAACUGAAUGAAUUAAAGCCUGGAUCUAAGACUGAAGGCAGAGGAAAAAGAAUACUUAUUCAAGAUAUAGAGGAUUCAGAAGGUGAUGAAGAAAGAGGGGAAAAUGAAGAAAAAUGUGGAAGAAGCAGCAGAGAUAAAAAAAUUGUCCUGCCAGUAAGAGGCGAGGCUGCUUUGGGGAAGGUUGAGAUGGGGAAUGCACUGAGAAAGUUUCAAAGCAAAGGAGGUGGUUCCAAAUUGGAAGGCAGAGAGACCGAGAAGCAGAAAGAAUCAACUGAGAGCAGAUUAAAAAAAGGCACAGAGGAGAAAAAAUCACAGAAAACAGACCAUGAAGGUGAAGCCAAUGGUUAUUUAAACAGCAACCAAACAAGUGAAUGCCCUGAAGCCGGCCAGUCCUCCAGACCGCAUGGAGCAGGGUCCCUGGCAGCUGGUGCUGCCCAUUCGACUUCGCUUCCUCCGGCUGCUGCAAAACUGAAAAGUGAAGGAAAUGAGUUAUUUAAGAGCGGGCAGUUUGGAGAAGCUGUGCCCAAAUACUCGGAAGCAAUUGAAUAUGUCAUCAGUGUCGGAGAACGAAAUCCAGAUGAUUUAAGUAUCUUGUACUCAAACAGAGCAGCAUGUUACUUCAAAGAAGGCAACUGCAGUGACUGCAUUCAAGAUUGUAACAGAGCUCUGGAGCUUCAGCCAUUCUCCCUCAAGCCUCUCCUACGACGAGCAAUGGCAUAUGAGUCUAUGGAGCGGUAUCGACAGGCAUAUGUUGAUUACAAAACAGUUCUACAAAUAGACAGCAGCAUACAAGCAGCAAAUGACAGUAUAAAUAGAAUAACGAAGACUUUAAUUGAUCAAGAUGGCUCUUGUUGGAGGGAAAAACUGCCACCGAUUCCAGUUGUCCCUGUUGCUGCUCAGCUACACAGGUGGGAUGGAGCCAACUUUACUUCAGAGGUUAAGCCAAGAAGUCCCACAGAUAUCAACAAAGAAGAACAGUUGCAGAUGAAUCGUGAGAAAGCUGAGGAAAAGUUCAGGACAUUAAAAAGUGAAGGGAAUGAUUUAGUGAAGAAGGGUAAAUAUGAUGAAGCUGUAAAUAAAUACAGUGAAUGCUUGAAGUUAAAUACCAAGGACUGCACAAUCUACACUAACAGAGCUCUAUGUUACUUGAAACUGCAUAAAUAUGAAGAGGCUAAGCAAGAUUGUGAUCAUGUUCUUCAAAUAGAAGAUUCUAAUAUUAAAGCUUUUUACAGAAGAGCACUAGCAUACAAAGGAUUACAGAACUAUCAAGCCAGUGUCGAUGAUCUCAAGAAAUUACUUCUAAUAGAUCCAAAAGUUCUUGAAGCAAAAAAUGAACUAGAGGAGAUAACCCAGCUGCUCAGCAUUGCCAGCGUUGCUGUCGCUGACUGUCAACAAAAGCAAAGGAAGAAAAUAACCAUACAAGAGGUAACUGAUGAACAGGAAGAGGGGCAGCUUGUGACAUCAGAAGAUAUUGUGGCUGACAAUGUUAGCUCUAAAGAAGCAGUUCAGAAGAGUGUGCCAUCAAAGACCUGUGAAAAACUGACGAUUUCUGAACCAUCCAAUGCCUAUGACUUUGGUCAGAUUGUAAAUGCAGUGAACGCCAAUAAGGAUCAGUCUGCUUGUGCAGAUCUUCUAACAAUUACUGAUCCAAAAAAACUGCCAAUGCUGCUAAGUAACAAACUUGAAGGAGAGAUCUUUUUGAUUUUCAUCCAGUCAUUGGAACAAUACGUCCUUGGAAAAGAUCCUGGCCUUGUAUAUCAGCAUCUUUUCUACUUGAGCAAAGCACAAAGAUUUAAGGUGGUGUUGGCUCUUCUCAGCAAAAAUGAAAAAGAACAGGUUCAGCGACUGUUUGAUUUGCUCAUGGAAAACCAGAAUCAUCAAUACUCUUUGGAAGAACUUGACAGCCUUAAAAAGGUGUAUGAACUUUAAAACUUAAAGUUUAUUUGUUUUGUGGUUAGAGUUUUAGAGUUGUCGGUUGUAAAAGAUGUCUGUACAAACUCUGUAAACACGCAUGGGUUGAAGUGGGUCUCUACAUGGACUGUCUGAAUUCUGUCUUAUUUUGACAGCAUACACAUAUUUAAAACUUGCUGCUCUUUUUUUCUUUUUAGUUGUAUACAAUUUUAGUCUAGAAUUCAAUGCAUGUCUUUGUGUUCAGUUAUGGAGUUCGUGUUUGGCAUCCUGAUUUUGUUUAGACAUGGAAAUAUCUAUUUUGCAUUUAUAUAGAGCAUGAAAUACCUUGGUGGUACAAUAGAAGUACGCUUUCAGUCAUCACUUGUUAUAUCACCUUGUGGGUUGUAUGUGGUUAGGAAGCACCUUCAAGACAAACGGGUCCGUUAGCGAUAGCUUUGCUAUAAAAAAUUUACAAGUAUAAACAUUUUUCAAAUAAACUGCACAGCCCAUCUGUUUCUUCGCCCCCCCAGCCUGUACAAAACAGAUGUAAAUAUUUUUGGUGCUGUACAAAGAUGAAUGAAUAAUAUAUUAGCUUGUCAUGGAACACUUUGGCUCAAAAUAAUUAAUUAUUUACUAAAUGGGUCCAUUUUUUAAAUGACAAACGAGUAAGUUGUAGUGCACAGAGAAUUUUGUUUUCUGUGUGCGUGGAAGGAUUGCUGGUUUGCACAGCUUUUAAAGGAACAAACGGCUGCAUCUAACAAUUAAAAUGUUUAACUCCGAGUCUGUAAUCAGAUUACUUAAAAUACCAGCUAUUGCUGUUUACAGACGUAUUCAUAAAGCUAAAACUAAGGCUAGUUAGUGGACCAGUAGGGUUUUUGUUUUCUUUCAGGCAGUACUUCUGUUUUAUAUUUCAUUGUGACAAAGCUCCCUUUUUCAAGAUGAAGUGUUAAAACUUUUCACAUGGCCCAAUGCCUUCUUUGCACAUUUAGUAUAAAUUUUAUCAUACUCACAAGUGCUGCAGAAGUAUCAUUAAGGAUGUUGUUCCAGCAAAAUUUUUUCUCAGGUUAAUUUAAAAAAAUAAACGUCUUUUUCCUGAAAAGUACAAUUUCUGGAUUCUUACUUUUGCUUCUACCCUCUUUGAGCUUAUAGUUCUGACGUGGUUUAGGAGUUUGGUUUUGAAGUAGAAUACCAAAAGUGAAGUUUUUAAUUCCUAAAACACUGUUAGCACAACUGAUGGGUUUUCUUCUUAAACAUCCUCUUCCUGUGAGGCAGCUGUGUAUCUGAGAGAGCUCUGUAGCUACAGCCAAUUGCACUGAGCCAACAAAGUGUCUGGCUGCUUCAUUCUUCGCAAGGGCCAGGUAUUGGUGGUCAUUAAUUUCUGUGAUGGCGAUUUCAAUCAUUCUAACUGUACCUUUGUAUGUUCUGGGUUUGGAUGGGGUGCUGGGCAGCCUGAUCCAAUAGUCAAUGAGUGGCAGCAGCACUGCCUGUAGCAGGGGGUUGGAACCUGGUGAUCCUUGAGGUCCUUCCAACCCAAGCCAUUCUAUGAGUCUAUGUGUGCAUAGUUUAGAUUUGAGUGUAUUUAUGUUGGUUUUAUUCAUUUCAUUAUGUAUUUAGAAAGACAAUGCCCACUGAAACUGAAUUAUUUUACUAAAUGGGAUGAUAUUGCCUUCUAUAGUACAAAUACAGCUUUACUGCAUUGAUUAAACAUAUUUCUGCUGUGGUAGAUUUUCUUGUUUCUGUAGGCAGAACAACUAGCCUGUUUUAUAACCAGCAAUGGAAAUAAUCUUGUUACAUUCCUGUCAUGGUGAGAAAAUUUCCCGAAUGCAUCAGAGAAACGCUGAAUGUCAGAUGAAACAGAGGCAGACUCAGUUUGAAGCGGAAAUGACAGAGAUCAGCUGUAAUUACCUCUUGAGCAGAAGUUCUAAAUGAAGAACUGCAGCACUGUCUACAAAUGAGCCCGCUAUCCGGCUGGCAGAGGACAGCUGCCACCAGCUGCCGUCACAGCUUUGUAUCCCUGCAGUUCAGAGGCAGUCAGCAGAGACUGAAUAACAAAUGUCCCUUCAUCUGAAUAAUCAGCACUUUGCUGGUCUUCUAAAGUGCAGAGAUGAGCAUUAGCCUGUCUCUGUUCAAUGGACAGUGAUAUGGGGGAAGAGUGCUCUAAGAAGAAAGCUUAACCUUGGCCUGCUGCGGUGGGAGGAGGGGCCAGGGGAAGUGCAGUCCCAGAGUGGCAAUAAGCACAGCAAGCAGCAGAGUGAAAACAUUAUCAUCUAGUAUCUGCACAAUAACCAGCAUGUGGUGAGUGGUUAGGUCAUGGAUGUGAAUCCCUUGUUUUAGUGCAAGUAGAGAAGAAGCUGUUUUCUUCUCUUAAAGGAAGACUGCUGUGUUGGGAAUAGGGCAGGCCAUGGUACACUGCUGUUAUUUUGCCCCUUCCAACAUAUUUUUGAAAUUUUAGUGAAGUCGUAUCCAAGUAAAUGGAUAUUUAAGGCAAGAGGUGCUACGAGGGAUGAGUGGCAUCAGGUGUGUCUCUGCCAGGGCCUUCCACCACUCCUUUCACUCCUUCAUAGUGUCACAGACAGCAGAAGCUGGCACAGGCCAUACUCAAGGACCACUCUGCCAAGUGGUCUUGGAACCAGUGAAGCCAAUGGA